GGAUCUGGCGCGCUUGAGUGUUAUUCCACUCCUCCCAUGCGAUCCACUCUAAUUCCAUACACGCAGCUUCCAAUCCAACGCGAUGAUUUCUGACUUACAUUCCCAUCAUGUUUGCACAGGACACUAGUUCUCUGUCUGUGGACCGACCUCAAAGUGGUGCAAAUGGUCAAAUUGCAGAGCCUCGAUUCACAACUCAUCGCAAGCGACUUCACCGCCCGUUCUCCUGGUUCUAUCCUACUCGAGUAGUGCUACAUCCGGAAGUUCCUAGCUCUGAUCAAGCAAGGCCAUCACUAGAAUCGUCGUGGAACUCUCGUGCAUCGAGAAAACGAAGAUACACCCGAAGACCCAUCAAUGUACGACAUCAUCGAGCAGACGAACUUAUUCACCUUGGACUCAUUGAUGAGGCGGAAAAGCUAGAGCCUGUAACUAGUCCAGUUGGGUGGGUACUGACUGAACAGAGGUUGAGACAUCCUGGCACAGAAUUGAAGGUGCAUCUGUCAUGGGAUAUCUCGUUCUGGGUAGCUGUCAUCUUCAUACUCGGAUCAACCUGUUGGAUCGUAAACGGCUUCUAUUUAUUUUUGCCCUUAGUGAACAUAGGCAGCGACCAUACUACGGCGGCGGCCUGGUGGGCUUUCGCGGGAGGGACAUUGUUCGAACUCGGUAGUUACCUUAUGUACGUUGAAGCAAUCAACACUGGCCAUGAUCAGUUGUUUGGGCCUGCGUUAUGGGGACUCGUCUCUGGGAAGUCAGAGGCUUCAGAAGACGGAUGCGAUGAGAAGGAGAAUGAGAUAAAGAAGCAGAGCUUUCGCUGGAUAGGGGUCGGGUCCUACCGUGACCUAGGGUUUUUAGCGUGUUUUACCCAAAUGUUCGCGGCGACUAUCUUCUGGGUAUCAACCAUUACUGGCCUUCCACAUGUGAUACCAAACCUUUCGACAUCACCUCCAGUGGCAAUUGCUGAUGUCUUCUUCUGGACACCCCAAGUUAUUGGAGGCUCAGGGUUUAUUAUUUCAUCGAUCCUCUUGAUGGAGGAAGUCCAAGUAGCUUGGUGGAAGCCAAGCUUGACUAGUCUAGGCUGGCAUGUAGCACUCUGGAACUUGAUAGGUGCGGUCGGCUUCACGUUAUGUGGCGCGUUCGGAUAUGGUGCACUGUCAUCAUCGGGCAUUGCAUAUCAGAGCGUCCUUUCAACUUUUUGGGGAAGCUUUGCCUUCGAGAUCGGGAGUGUCGUUCAAUUUUGGGAGACGCUCUGGAGAGAACCUCCCAGUGAAUCCCAGACAUAAACACUUUAGGAAGCAUGUGUUGAAUUUCUCACAUUAAUUAUCGAGCAGAAAAUAUUACAAGUCACGCCGCAGUCUCCCUUUUAGCCCAGUGUUCACUCUACAUUGUGGCCUGUCAACGUUUCCACGCCGAAAGAGACAUGCCGCCUUUGUCCGUUGUCUAUUGUACCAGCCAAUGCCGUGCAUAGAUCUGCA